UCAUUUCUUUUCUUUUUUCCUUCUCCAAUUUGCCUUAUAUCAGUAACUCUUCAUGAAUGGAAAUUAGGGUUCUUUGGCUACUGAUUUAACUUCUUCUCCCGAUAUCUUGGAUACAUUUUGGACAAUCUAACUUUCCUUUUUUUUUUUCCCCUCGCCUGUGCUCUUUUCUUUUUCCCUUUUCUUCGUCCUCUUAUCAUUUAUUUCUAGUCUGGGUCGGUGGUUAACUUUACCAGCCUGUCAAAGUAGGUUUUAACUUAAGAUUCAUGUGUAGCGCAUUGGUUGUUUAACUUCAAUUUUUGCUUGACGGCAGCUGAAUUGUGAUUGAGAAGUGCCCAUCUUGGAGCGACGUGCCUUCUACAAAAAUGGCCCCUUUGAAUUUUGUUAAUAAGGUCCAUGCAGUCUCUCGAUUGGAAGAGCAGGAGGGUUCUGAUAAUCAUCUUGCUGCAGCGAAUGUAGAUGUUGACAUUAGAGAAGUUUAUUUUCUGAUUAUGCGAUUUUUAUCAACUGGGCCAUGCCAAAAAACUUUUACACAAAUUUUAGAUGAACUUUUAGAACAUGAACUUCUACCAAGGAGAUAUCAUGCUUGGUAUUCAAGAAGCGGAGCACAAAGCGGUCACGAAAAUGAUGAUGGCGUAUCUUUCCCUUUAAACUAUGAUAAUCUCGUCAAGAGGUUUCCUCACAUUGAAGAUGAUCACCUGGUAAAGCUGCUUAGACAACUGAUGUUGAACACUUCGACUCCAUUACCUUGCAUUGUUGGAAGAACUGUUCCAAGUGCUAGUGAUGUGCCCACUCUUCUUGGAACUGGCUCCUUUUCUCUUUUAUGCAGUGAUAGAAAUAGUGUCAGCAAGCAAGUAAAACAUGUUGCUUCUUAUCUCCGUUGGCCUCACAUGCUGGCAGAUCAGGUCCGUGGACUAAGUUUGAGAGAAAUUGGGGGUGGUUUUUCAAAACACCAUCGGGCUCCAUCAGUUCGCUUUGCCUCUUAUGCUGUAGCUAAGCCGUCAAUGAUGGUGCAGAAGAUGCAAAAUAUAAAGAAACUAAGGGGACACAGAGAUGCUGUGUAUUGUGCAAUAUUUGAUCGCUCUGGAAGAUAUGUCAUUACUGGGUCAGAUGAUCGUCUUGUCAAGAUAUGGUCCAUGGAAACUGCAUUUUGUCUAGCCAGUUGUCGAGGUCAUGAAGGUGACAUAACUGACUUAGCUGUUAGCUCAAACAAUAUAUUAGUAGCAUCUGCUUCCAAUGACUACAGCAUUCGUGUUUGGCGAUUGCCAGAUGGAUUUCCAAUUUCAGUUCUGCAAGGACAUACAGGAGCUGUUACUGCCAUUGCAUUCAGUCCCAGGCCUAGCUCUGUCUAUCAACUUUUAUCGUCUUCAGAUGAUGGGACUUGCAGGAUCUGGGAUGCAAGAUCCUCAGAUUGUAGUCCACGUGUUUACUUGCCAACGCCAUUGGAAGUUGUUUCUGGGAAGACAAGCAGCCUCCCUUUGGCUAAUGUGCCUUCCUCAAGUAAUGUAUCCCAGUGCCAUCAAAUCUUAUGCUGUGCCUACAAUGCGAAUGGAACUGUCUUUGUCACUGGAAGCUCUGAUACUCAUGCUAGGGUGUGGAGUGCUUGUAAAUCCAAUUCAGAUGAUCCAGAGCAACCUAGUCAUGAGAUUGAUUUGCUAGCUGGCCAUGAGAAUGAUGUCAACUAUGUGCAAUUCAGUAGCUGUGCUGUUGCUUCCAGGUCUUCGGCAUCUGAUUUUUCAACUGAGGAGAACAUUCCAAAAUUUAAAAAUUCUUGGUUUAGUCACGACAACAUUGUUACCUGCUCCCGUGAUGGCAGUGCUAUUAUUUGGACCCCUAAAUCACGCAGAUCUCAGGGUAAAGUGGGACGUUGGAUACGAGCAUACCAUCUAAAAGUUCCUCCUCCACCGAUGCCCCCUCAGCCUCCCCGAGGAGGUCCACGCCAGAGAUUUCUUCCAACUCCUCGUGGUGUUAAUAUGAUAGUGUGGAGCCUGGAUAAUCGCUUUGUGCUGGCUGCUAUUAUGGAUAAUAGAAUAUGCGUUUGGAAUGCUAGUGAUGGUAGCUUGGUACAUUCCUUGACUGGUCACACGGCAUCUACUUAUGUUCUGGAUGUUCAUCCCUUCAAUCCCAGAAUUGCAAUGAGCGCUGGGUAUGAUGGAAAAACUAUUGUUUGGGAUAUAUGGGAAGGCAUUCCUAUUUGGACAUAUGAGAUUGGACGUUUUAAAUUGGUUGAUGGGAAGUUUUCACAAGAUGGAACAUCGAUUGUACUCUCAGACGAUGUUGGACAGAUAUAUUUGCUAAACACAGGCCAAGGUGAAGCGCAGAAGGAUGCUAAGUAUGAUCAGUUCUUCCUUGGAGAUUACCGCCCUCUUGUCCAGGAUACUCAUGGCAAUACUCUUGAUCAGGAGACACAAGUUGUUCUGUAUAAUAGGAAUAUCCAGGACCCUCUUUGUGACUCAAGCUUGAUUCCUUAUCCAGAACCUUACCAGAGUGCAUACCAGCGUCGUCGACUAGGUGCACUGAAUAUUGAGUGGUGUCCUUCAUCUUCUAAACUUGCUGUUGGUCCAGAUAUUGGUUUGGGGCAAGAGUACCAAGUUUUACCUUUGGCUGACUUGGACUUGGUGGUUGAGCCAGUGCCUGAGUUUGCGGAUAUGAUGUAUUUGGAACCAGAAAAUGAUGUCAUACACAAUGAGACGGACUCAGAAUACUACAUUACUGAUGAAUAUACUAGUGAAGAUGAGGAGGAGCAUUCAAGUGACAAUUCAUCUAGUGAUCCAGAAUCUAGUGAAGAAAAUAUAGUGGGAAGGAGUCAGAAAGAUGGUCUUCGCAGAUCAAUAAGGAAAAAAUCCUUGUCAGAAGUUGAGCCAAUGUCUACAUCUGGGAGGCAUGUAAAGAAGAGGAUUUUGCACGGGAAUGAUGUCCCCUUGUCUAAGAGUAAAAGAACAAAGAGGUCAAGAAGUGGCCGAAAAUAUACUUCAAAGAGGAAAUCUGCGGAAGUGAAAUUAACGAGGUCACAACGUUUAGCGGCAAGGAAUGCAAUUAAUGGUUUUUCACAUAUUUCUGAAAUUUCUACUGAUGGAGAAGAGGAUGAGAGCCCAGAAGGUGAUUCAUCAGGAAACAAUUCAUCGUUCCUCAGUACAAACAUCAAGACCCAGCAACCUGUUGACUAUCUGCUCAAUGAGAAGAGGUAUUUGGCUGGGGAUCAAGGAUCUUUAAAUGAGUCCGAGGCUGCAGUCACGUGCCCUCGAACAAAUGUGGGAAACAAGAAAAAGUUGGUUUUGAAGCUCACCCUUCACAACUCUAAGAAAUCUUUGCCGCCAGAACAUAUCAGAAGCCAAAGUGCUGACCAUACUGUCACAGCAUCAUAUCCUUCAAAAGAUUCAGGUUCUUCUUACACUGGGGUAACUAAACUUCUGGAAGGUAAAGAACUUGAAAACAUUGAGGAGGACUUGACGACGAUUGCAGGUUGUGAGCAAACCAAAGUUCAUUUGGGGGAGGCGAAAGUUCAGUCAACAAACUGGAUGCGUUCAGCUCAUCCAGUGCCUGCAGAUUUAUGCUAUGGUAGCAAAUUGAGUUCCAAUUGCCACUCUGAGACCUGUAGCAUCAAACAUUGUAUCAAACCUGAGGAUGACUGCAGCAAUUUUCGAACUGGUUUGGAAAUUGUAAACCAUAAGCCGUUAAGUAAGGCUUACAAUGAGAAGCAAGAGCGUGAGGCUAGUGUAUCAGAGGAUGCAGAUGGUGUAAAAGUUAGUGACCAAAAUCUUGGGAAAGGAGGAGAGAACAUUUCUGAUACUUAUCCAUGUAGAAAUUGUGAUUUGGUUGAUGGCAAAAACCACUCCGGUGGUUUAAAUGAAAUCCAAAAACCAAAGCCAACUAUCCUAAAGAUUAAAUCAAAGAAGAUAUCUGGACAUUCCUUUCCUAUGGAGCAGAAUAAUCUUCCCAGUAUGCCAGAAGACUAUAAAACUGCAUUAUACGAAGGUACUUGUGCCAGUAUCUAUAAGGGAGAUGAAUUUCCUGAUAUUGCUACUGAUGAAAUGCGUAGGAAAAGAUCCUUGAGGUUGAAGGCAACGACAAGGGAGACAGGUGUUCUUAAGCAGAAAAGCAUUGAGAAGCCAUCUGGAGGAGCACUUAACCAUCUUCCUUCGAGAGGGAUGCCAAUGUCAAAACAGACCAGCAACCAUGGGUCUACUAGAAACAAAGGAGAAGGCUACAAUAAUGAAGACAGAAGUGCACUACAUGCUUUACAGCAAAAAUCAAAUUGGUUGUUGUUGUCGGAGCAGGAGGAAGGGUAUCGUUACAUCCCUCAACUUGGUGAUGAAGUAAUGUACUUAAGACAGGGUCAUCAAGAAUAUAUGAAGUCUGUUAACUCAUUAGAACAACCCCCUUGGACGAGGUACGGAGGAAAUAUUAGAUCUGUUGAAGUUUGUUUGGUUGAAGAACUGGAUUACUCAACAAUUGCAGGUUCUGGGGAGAGUGGUUGUAGAAUUACUCUUAAAUUUAUAGACACUUCAUCAGAAGUGAAUGGACAUAAAUUUAAACUCAACCUGCCUGAACUGAUUGAUUUUCCUGAUUUUGUUGUCGAAAGAACAUGGUAUGAAGCCUCUAUGAAUAGAAACUGGACCUGUAGAGAUAAAUGUUUGGUUUGGUGGAGGGAUGAGAGUGAGGAAGGUGGUAGUUGGUGGGAUGGUCGAAUAAUUUCCAUUAAAGACAAGUCUUUGGAGUUUCCUGACAGUCCAUGGGAGAGAUAUGUUAUUAAAUACAAGAGUGCUUCAGAAGAUUUGCAUCUUCAUUGUCCCUGGGAGAUGCAUGAUCCAUCCAGUCAGUGUGAGCAUCCCUGUAUUGAUCCUGAAGUAAGAAACAAAAUGCUGGCGUCUGUAAAUAGAUUACUGCAAUCUGCAAGCAGAAAUCAGGAUCAAUAUGGGAUUCUAAAGUUGGAUGAAGUUUCUCAGAAGGAUGACUUUAUAAACAAGUUUCCUGUUCCAUUAUCACCUGACAUAAUCAAGUUAAGGUUAGAAAACAACUACUACAGGACCUUGGAUUCUUUGAAGCAUGAUAUCAGGGUGAUGUUAACGAAUGGUCAGAGUUACUUUGCGAGAAGCAAGGAGCUUUCGGCCAAGAUGUGCCGGUUGUCUGAUUGGUUUCACAAGAAAUUCUUAAAGAUAUGAUGUCCCCCUUUAUUUUUAUUUCUCUCUCUUUUUUUCAACUUCUAUAUUCUGGCCACGUAAUUAAUCCAAUUUUUAUCCAGUGAAUCUUUUUUCCCUCUGCUGUGGGAAUUGUAAGAAGGAAAAGCUUGAAAUUGUUAGUAUGACAUUUGGGCGCAAAUUUGGAUUGUGAGAAUCUCUCUCUCUCUCUGUCUCACUCGAUUUUUAGCAAUAGGUCAUUAUGUUACCGGAGCAAAAGAUGAGUAGGCUGGCUGCGCAUCGUACGAGAAUUCUUGUUUCUGGGCUUUGGCAGACAUUUGCUCUAUAAAUUAUUUUUGCAUGUACAAUAAUUUUGGUGACGAGAGAAGUUUUGUGCUGGUAAAAUUACGUUGAUAAUAUAUUGGAGUUGAUGCUCAAGCACA